CCUUGACCCUUGAUUAUUCCUAGUCUUGGUGUCGUUCGCCCCCUUCCUCGUCCGUCGCGAUGCUGUCGCCUGCGACGCAUUCCAAGGAGCUCCUGCAGCCGAGCACGAGCAUCGACAUGAAGUACAUGCUCUCCUCUGACCCGCUGGGCAGUCGCCAGAAGAAGAAAGCCAAACGAGCGGGCACCGACGUGUUCCGCUCCUGUUCCGCAUUUCCCGAAUAUUUUGCUCGCGUGCUGGACUACCGUCAAAUGGACCUCGAUGCCACCUUCUACCAAAUGGUUACACUCUGCGUACAACCCGCUAAGGUCUAUAAGAGCGCCUACUACCGUAAACAGACCAAGAAUCGCUGGGCGAGAGAUGACCCGGCGUUUGCAGUCAUCCAGUUCGCCUUCCUACUCGUAGCCACAGUGGCCUGGGCCAUCGCCUUCCGUGUGGAUAGCGCAGCCAAGUAUGCGUCACUGCUGUUUCACGCUGUAGUAAUCGAGUGGCUUGGCUGUGGACUUGUCAUCUCUACGCUCUGCUGGUGGAUCGCUAACCAUCAUCUACGACAACGGAACAAUCUCGGGGUGGGCGAUGCUUUGUAUGUGGAGCAGCGAGUGGAGUGGCAGUUCGCAUUUGACAUUCACUGCAACUCUUUCUUCAUCCUGUUCCUCUUCCUCUACGUGCUCCAGUUUUUACUGGCUCCGCUGCUGGCGUCGAACUCGUUUGUGAUGCUACUGGUUGGGAAUCUACUGUACUCGUUGGGAUGGGGGUUUUACACUUACAUCACGUUCCUCGGAUAUAUGGCGCUCCCUUUCCUGCACCGGACGGAGCAGUUACUGCUGCCAGUUAUCGUAAUCCUUGCACUCUUCAUAUCCACGUUGGUGUUGCAGGCAGUGUUCGGCGCACAGAUCAACUUUGCGCACCUUUCGACACACUAUUAUUAUGCUCCAUAACUGUAGUGAUUCCGGUGCAAUAUAGCAGACAGCGAGCAAUAGAUGUUUCUUCAACUCCUACCCGUGACGUUGCUUACUUUGAAUAUGGCAAGUACUUGUAGGAACGAAGACGAUGUAGUAGCUGAUAUUCGCACUAGCAUCUAUUAGUAAUAAGGAGCUUCAGGCGAGCUCAUCAAGCUCGAAACUGUCGAUAAUGAGACUACUGGAAGAGCAUCGAGAUGACCACAGCCACCACCGUAAGCGAUAGAGCUCCAUUGAGGCUCACGGCAGCCGAUUCCUCUGAAGAUGACGAUCCAGCAACACUGCCAGCGGCCGACAGUGAACCAGCCGAGGCCGCAGCGUCAAGCGACGAGUUGGUCACUAACCAGUUCUUCAGGAAGUCACCCAGGAGCUCACCACCCGGACUGCGUGUAGCAUUGUGGUAGUAGUCAUUCACUGUGAGGUACACAUGCUGAGAUCUGUUCACAUAGAACGUCGAAACUUCGUCACUGAUGUUCUUGUACACGUCGAUGAUUGCCGUCAUAUUCUGUAAAUAAAAGGAAAGUUAGUGAGUGGG